AUUUGUAAUACCAAUGCCUGUCCCAACCUGCCGCUCUUUCGUAUUUCUGGCAACCAUACUAGUCCUAGUACUUGCCAUAUUUCUUUCUCCAAAUACAACAUUUCUUUCUUCUCUACGCACUUUCUCGUCGAGCGUUUUCUCCAGCUCGGCUCCCACCAUAGCUCAGGAAUCAGAUGGUGACUGCAAAAUUCCUCAGGCUGCGAAUAUGUCUACGACUAGUAGAACGCCUGUGUAUUUCCUUAGUCAUGGGGGUCCGAACAUAAUGUACGAUAAAGACCACCCAGUCUACCCACAGCUCCAGAAAAUUGGUCGAGAAAUCACAGAAAAUGUCAAGCCCAAGGCAGUUGUUGUCUUCUCGGCUCACUGGCAAGGAGAGCCGAAUGCCGUUGAAGUCAAUACCUUCGAGACAACGGAGUUGAUUUACGACUUCUACGGUUUCCCAGACCACUACUAUAAAGAGACAUAUCCAAAUAAGGGCUCUUUCCCACUAGCUCAGCACGUCAUCGAAGUUCUCACUAAACACAAUAUUGAGGCAUCUGGAACCCGCCGCGGCCUGGAUCAUGGUGUCUGGGCAUCUUUCAAAGUCGCUUUCGACCCUGUCAAUAACCCUCUCAGCGUCCCUAUCGUUCAGGUAUCGCUCUUCGCGUCUGAUUCGCCUACACAGCACCUAGCUCUCGGCCGCGCUAUUUCAUCACUCCGUAGUGAAGGCAUUGUGCUGAUCAUGUCGGGCAUGGCUGUGCAUAAUCUGCGAGACAUGCAAUUCGGGACUGAAGGUGAGCCGAUGUGGUAUGGUCCUACUUUUGAUGAGGCGCUGAGGGAGGCGGUGGAGUUUGAGGGUGACGUACAGGAGCGGGAUGAGAAGAUGGCGGAGCUGUUGAAGAGGAAAGAUGCUAGAGCUGCACAUCCGAGUUUUGAUCAUCUGCUGCCAGUGCAUAUUGGGGUUGGAGCGAGUGCGGGAGACAGAGGAGUGAGACUGUGGACGCUGGUGGAGGGGAGCUUCAGUUGGGCAAUGUUCAGGUGGGGAGAGCUAUGAGCUGUGGCGGAGGGAUCCUUGUGGGUGUUGCCGUUCCAGCCCGUGUUACGAGUGACGGUCUGACAAGGUUGGUGUCAAGAUGAAAUUCGACAUUGAGACCCUAGAUACUAGACUCUUUCGAUACCGUUCCUGCGCCAUUAGUCUAUUCUCCAGCUCUCGUCCCUCCUCCGCUCAAAGGAUCAUAAAAGUGUCUCCGUCUCCCAUGAAGUCUCUUACAGCCUCACCUUUCAUCAGACCAUACACAUAACAUUCGCCAACAAACUUCCAACAAGUGUCUUUCUUGCGCAAAAUAUAAGGAGUAUCGCCGCCAAAAAGUAUGCAAACGGUAUCUUCGGGACGAAUGCCCUUAGGACCCAAACCCAGACGGAGAUAUACGUCAGGAUCGCUUGCCGUAUCGAUGAGUAGCUCAUUGUCCUCGCUUGUAUCCACCAGUCUUGGAUCAACGUCGAUAUUCGGGACCUUAGUAUCGUCGUCG